UGACCAGCGGCCAAUAGGAUCUCACCGUGUGAGCGCGGAUAAACGGAUUUGUUGUGUCUGCCUGAGCGGAGACAUCUGUGUUUACCGACCGUAACACUUUGUUUCAGCCUUAGAAAUCAGUCGCAAUGAGUCUGUCUCUAAGAGCUGAACUUGCAGCGGAUAAAACCAAGCGCAAGAAGAGGAGGGAGCUCACAGAGGAGCAGAAACAUGAAAUUAAAGAGGCUUUCGAGUUGUUUGACACCGAUAAAGAUAAAGAAAUCGACUACCAUGAACUCAAGGUGGCGAUGCGUGCACUUGGCUUUGAAGUGAAGAAAGUAGAUGUUCUGAAGAUUCUCAAGGACUACGACAGGGAGGGAAAUGGCAAAAUAUCAUUUGAUGACUUCAGUGAAGUUGUUACAGACCGCAUACUUGAGCGAGAUCCAAAGGAGGAGAUCAUGAAGGCCUUUAAGCUUUUUGACGACGAUGAAUCCGGCAAGAUCAGUCUGAGGAACCUGAGACGAGUAGCACGAGAGCUCGGGGAGAACAUUACUGAUGAGGAGCUACGCAGCAUGAUUGAUGAGUUUGACACUGAUGGAGAUGGCGAGAUAAAUCAAGAGGAGUUCCUUUCCAUAAUGACUGGAGACUCCUGAUUGGAAGAUUGGAUAUUUGAAGGUUUUUUUUUUUUUUUUUUUUUUUUUUCACAAAUGCCAGGGUAUUUUGCGAUGGAUGCCUAGUUCAUACUGAGAAGCUGAGCCAGUGAGCAUCUGUGCAUGUUGGCAUGGGGUCAAGAGUACAGCGUGAUGAACAUGCAUCAAGACAGAUGAAGAAUAUCCUCUCACAGGCACCGUAGUGGACUGAAAUGCCUUAUUGACCCCGUUGUUCAUACUUGAUCACUUAGCUCCAUGUAAGAAUUGGACUGAAAUGAAAACUCUGGCCGUGUUGCAUGCCACCAUUCAAUGUGCACAGAUCAUCGACCUUAACCUCUGUGCUGUCAGUCCCAGUAAUGCUGUGAGGACCAUGUUGGUCUUUUAUUCAAACUUGCUCUAUGUGUUGUUGAUAUUACAUGAUUGUUAUAUCGUUUUAAGCAUAUGUUUUGCCAGUUGACCUCAAAGCGGUCAUUGAUUUGUAACACCAUUUCAGGCUUUAAUGAGUUUGAUGUUGAUCUAUUCUAGAUAGUUACUGUAAAGGUUUUACUCUAUAUUCAAUCUCGCUAUCAGUCCUUCUUUUACACCCAACAAAAAUUCCAAAGUGACUUUGUGAUUCUCCACAUAGAUAUUCUUUUGGUGGGAAGAAAUCUCCAUGAUAUUACAUUAAAAUGCACUUUUUGUAGAUGACCAUUUUAA